AUGGAUAAUCCAACCGCCAACACGGCCACCGUCCGCAGCCUUUACGACGCCGUAUCGAGGGGCGGCCGGAGAACGAUUUCCGGUCUUGUGAGCGGGGAGCUCGAGUGGUGGUUCCACGGUCCACAUAACUGCCACCACAUGAUGAAGAUGCUGACGGGAGAAUCCUCACCGUCGUCGGAUUUCAAGUUCGAGCCGCGGAGCAUCGUGGCCGUAGAUGGAGAACGGGUGAUAGCGGAAGGGUGGGAAGGGGAUCACGUGUACUGGGUGCACGUGUGGACCGUCGACAAGCAGGAAUGCGUCAUCACUCAGUUUAGGGAGUAUUUCAACACGUGGCUCACAGUGGCAGACUUCAAGCCCAACUGCCUCGUCAGCUCGGCGGCGGGACCCACACUGUGGCAGAGCCACCCACGUGACGUGGCCAAGCGCUCCUUGCCAGGCCUCAUGCUGGCUAUUUGA